AUGAAGAAAAAAUGGUUCGGAACAUUCGGUAAAAUGGAGAGAUCUUCCUGGCUGGAGGUCGGAUGGUGGACAUGGAUAUUUCUCAACAUUUGGUGUUUAUUUGACAUCAUUUUGUUUCCAUUCUUGUUCCCUUUGCUUUAUAUAAAGCAUCGCAUUAACAGAGUUGUACAUCGAAGUAAAGGCAAGUAAUUAAGUUGGGAUAGUAUUAGAUUAGUACUCUACAAACGAUUUGAAACGAAUUUGAUUUCUAGAUCAGGUCCAUAAUGCAGAAAUAAGAUUACUCUGCUGAAACUUUUCCCGGCUUUUAGAUAUAACUUCAAAGUGAAGACCUUAUCAUGUCACCUAACUACGAUGGUCACGUGACAAUAUAUUAAGCAACGCUUGCACGACCUCGAUACCCCGGUGGCGGUUGAGAGCCAGGUACCUGCGGUGUUUCACUUUGUUUCUGUGGAGUUAAUAUAUUUUUGCAAUUUGAGAAUAAUAUAAUGAAGACGAUGAUGAAAGGGGAAAACAAAUUUAACUGAAAUAAUGCAAUUUUCUUUUUCUCAGCAACUUUCCUUCAUUGAUGUUAUAUUUUCGGAGUCACGGUAAUUAUCUUAGAAACACAUUUGCUCAGUGUUUGGCACGAGUAGCGGAUCUAGGGGAAGAGCCGGGGAGGGGAGAAGGGGGGGGGGGACUCGCACCCUUCUUAAACAGUAAUCAUCAGACCAAGACAGACUCGUUACCACCACAGGAUUGCAUGACGACGUGGCUACGUAAAUGUUUCUUAUUUAGUUGUUAAUCGCUAUACUUAUCAGAAAAUAAUGAUUACUUACAGAGAUAGAUCUUGCCUUUGUUAUAAACGCAACUUCUGAUGCCGCAGACGAUGCCUUCGACCUGAUGAAAUGCACCAUAGAUUAUUUGCUGCACAAGUACAAAGACUACCAGGUGAAGGUUCAGAUAUUCAUACACGGAGAUGAAGAUACAUCUCUGAGAGAGAUUUGUUAACCGGAAGGCGUGGGACAUUUAACAAGGAAUACCGAGGUGAAAAUUCCUGCCCUUCAUCAUGAUCUGAGGAUAGUGGAACAAGCCUUCAAACAGAGUGAGGGAUCAAACUCAGAAAAGGUAGCUGCUAGUUAGUGUACAAAGGUAUGCUUUCUUAUUGAUUAGAUUUAUUGUUCAAACUCACAGUUUAGCUUUCAAGCCAAUCGAAUUGCGUAUUAGUCAGAUUUUUCAUGUCCUUUUCUGUUUCCUUUCAACCACGUGACAAGGCGGCCAUGUUGGGGAUCAGAACAAUAGAAUUUUUCUCGAAGAAUUUACAUGAAAAUAGAGUUUAGUUCCCAGAGGAGAGAAACGCUUUUGUUCUUGACUACCAACAUGGCCGCCGUGACGUCACGUGCAAACCAGCAAUUAUAACAGGGAGUUUAAACAACAACGACGGCGACGCCAACGAGAACGUCACUUAAAAAGUGAAUUCGCCCCGCUUCAAACUUUAUCACGCUUUUGAUUCCAUCUUUUUACCGAUACGGUGGCCAUAUUGAAUUAAUUGGAUUUCACAAGUAUUAUGAGAUGACCAGGGGGUAUGAGAACGAUCCGAUAUACUCGCUCAGUAUUUACGUGGGCUUUGCGGGCCAAUUUUUCUGUAAGUCUUCCUAGAAAAAGGUUGAAUUGGGAAAAAAGAUCGUUGUGCCGUAUUUCGAUGUAAUAAUAAUCACCUUUUUCCCGAGAAAUUUACAUUGAAGUUCUCUUUUCGCCUGAAAAGCGCGCGUGAAUCAGAAUAAGCAAGUGCCCCCUGGGCAUCCCAUAAUACUCCUUAAAUCUAAUAAAUUCAAUAUGGACGCUGUGUCGGUAAAAAAAGGUCUAUUCUUCAAAUGUUGGCAAAUUUUUCUGGAGCUGAAUUCUAGAAAACUGUAUCGAAGUUCAGGAAAAGGAAAAGAAAAGCGUUGUAUUGGGUACACGUAAUCCUCAAAAAGUGAAAUUAGGCAUUUUCACGUCGUAGUCCUGCAGUGACGACAAAGAAAUGUACAAGGGCGUGAUGCACGUGCAAAGUUGCCGUUUUGCCGUUCCCGUUGCUGUCGCUGUCCUCUUUUUUAAACUCUCUAAAAAUAUGUAUACAUCGGUGAUGCAAGUUAUUAGGCUGGCAAUGACCACUCUAAACAUUCUUUUGCUCGGUCGUCUCCAUCAAAAACACUUGCGACAAAUGCAACAAUCAACCGGAUCAAACCCAUAAGGCGGUGUUACCGUUUCGAUAAAGCACGUCUCUAUUUCAUUUGCCAGCAUGAGACCGGCUUUUAAUUUUAGUAGCCCCCCUUUAAUAAAACACACGUUUUUCGAAUGGCUGAAUUUCAAUGUGAAUAAAUGUAAAAAAGACCCGGGCGCCAAAACUAGGAAUUCCACACAGUAGGAGGCAAAUACAGUACUACUGCAAGUUACGGCUUCAGUUACGUGCUGACUUAAAAGGCUUUGUGUUUUCGCGUUGACGCUGAAAUGGUUUAGUGACUCUCAUUAGUUUGGGGGUGGCUGUCAGAACUGGAAUGAGUCAGCAGUGAUUUAGUUCCAAAUAAAUUCAUUGCCACGCUACACAGCCUUAACUUAAAUCUUAGAGUUCACCAGCAUGGCAUAGCCAUUAGGCCCCUGCCCGACCGAAAGGCCUUGCCCGGGAGUCGUUUUCUGCCGAGGCGAGUGCAAAGUUCCCCUUUAGGGUCAGCUAAUUAACAAGGUUGUUCAAGAUUUAGGCUGUCUAUUCUUUUAAACUUCUCGUUUAUCUAUCUAGGACGUGUAAUACUACCCAGAUGCUAACGGAAGCCCAAUGAACAGCUCUGGGCGUCUUCUUAAUGUAAAACUACAAGCAGCCAUCUUUUUUCUUAGUCCGACGAGCUAAACCCGUGCGAAAAGAAAAUAGUCACGCGUGUGACUGAUGGCUCGCUCGCUCCUUGCCUCUCACAGUUUCUCCACUCGCGUGUUAGGCGAGUCCCUCCGCUAAGUUUUAAGACUGAAGUAAGGGACUUCUCGUAGUCAUAGCAGCUUAGCUUUCUACAAUGUUGUCACUCAAAAGAAGUUCUUCAUUAACAAAUUGAAAUUGUUCACUUAAGUUCGUUAUAUAUACUGUAUAUAUAACCCGUGCUGAGUCUCCCAGUUCGUCUGAGCAGCAGUUUAACGUUUAAAUACCGCUGAAUUACUAAAUUGUUGUUUGCAACAUUGUUUUUAGGUCUUGGUGGUGUUUACUGAUCACAAAGUUAGUUUAAAACAAAACAAGGAGCUCGUUGAGAAAGAAAUCAAGAAAAUCAAAGAGAUGGGAAUAAUGAUUUUAUCAGUGGGAAUUGGUUCUCACAUAGACAUCCGCGAAUUAAAAAAAAUCAACAGCGACGAACGCAAAGUCAUGCGCUUUGGAGAAUAUACAAAUAAGGAAAUCGUGGGGGAGAGUAUCUCACACGGUAUGUUGUUAUUUGGCAUAAUAAAACUUGGAGGUCAGAGACCCCAAGGAGUAAGCCUAAAGUCGAUAGAUAUUAAGUCGUUAAAGCCGAGUAACGUAAAUUCUUCAGUAUUAAGUUUGCCAGUAUUUCUGUUGGAAGGAUAGUAAAAACACGUCAUUUGACAAUCGUCGGGCCUAAAAGCAUGGACAAAAUUUAUCGAAAGAUCAAAUGUAUGAAAUUGGUGCCGAUAAACUGGUAGCUUUGUUAAAACUCAAGAACGAUAAUUCCACGCGAAUCGUGGAGCGAUUUUAUUGUUGAAAUUCGCACUUCGCGUGGAACGCGCGUGGAUAGCACAGCGAAGUAGAAACAUGAGUUGGCUUUACAUAUGUAUAUCUGGUUGGUAAAAGUAAUGACGUCAUCGAUUGUGACGUUGAGUUGCAUUAAAUUUUCCAAGCAACACGACUUCCACUGGGUUAGCCUGCGAAAACAUCCGUUUCUCCUCGCUCUUCGCCGCUGGGGACGUUUUGCGCGGAGGAACGUCUGCGACUCAGGGGCAGAAAUUCCAUAAUGAUGACGCAAAUCAGUGUUUACAUAAUAAUAAAUCCGGUGGUCAUGAGGUUCCAAAUAUAUUUUUGUCCAAUUUUACGUGUCUUCUGUACGAUUUUGAGAAAGUGUUGUGUUCAUGUGCCUACGAGCUCCGGCAAAAACUCAAAUGCUUCUUCUAGAGAACACUAUAUUCUACAAAUAUUGACUGUUUUGUUAGAGAUCCUUCGCGUUUACAUUUGACCUUUGUGGCCUUUUGUCUUUUGUCUGUCAUUCGUAAACAAUAACUAAAACAAUGUAACUACUCCGUCGACCAAUCAGCGCUUCUGACCGGAUUCCGGACAGAUUUUACGUCAUCAGUAUGGAAUUUCUGUCUCUGAGUCGCAGACUUUUCUCCCCGCGAAAUGUCCCCAGUGGCGAAGAGCGAGGAGAAACGGAUGUUUUCACAGGCUACCACUGGGUGCUCUAUCAUGUUUUUCAUCCCCUGUGAAAAAAUUAUUACAUACCUCAAGCCGAGUUCUCGGUCCGUACUGUAAAUUACGGACCGAGUUUUUUUCCAUCGAUUUAUGGCCCAAGCGCGAAGCGACGUGUUACGAAUAACGUACUUCUAGUUUAAACGAAAACACUCGAGGGUUGAGGUCACAACUGAAAUGAUUGGCGCCAAAUAUCAUUGAAGUCACAAAUGAUUGUAUAAGCGGCACUUCACAGAAAUAAUAAUAGGGGCCUUUACGUAGCGAGUAAUUGGUCACAAAUGUAACAAUAGUCGCCAAUAUCACAUCAGGAGUGGGUCAUAAUUAUUGUUAAUUUUGCUGACAUUAUCAUGCGUCCUCGCGCAAGAAAAUAGCUGUCAGUUAAGUUUAACAAAUUAUGAAAGCGGUAACGGGCGGGAGGGGUCCUACGCACGUUUCAUGUGCACCUUGCCUACUUAGGAAUCAAUUUUUGGAAGUGGUAUUGCGUUUGGAAAAAUGCCCCUUCAUUGAAAUAGCACCUAUAAUCUUAAUUAUAAUUACAAUGUAUUUUUUACCCUAUUCCAGGUCUUUCCGUAUUGCGAUUUUAAAGCUGGACCUAAUUUAACACGUUCUUACGCACUCAACCCUUCCGCUUUCGACCUACCCCUUAUUACAUUCGUGACUUUAACUCCAGUUAUACAUUUGUGACUUGAACACUCAAGUCAAGAAAAAUUUCUCUCAGGGAAAUAAAACGCCGCUUUAUUUUUGCUAAGGUACUAUUCAGUAACCACAUUCAACAUCUUGCCAUUCACUAAUUUCAAAAGUAGCUCAAGGAAUUCUUUUCCCCGGCUUCCACACACGUUUUCGGAACACGGAAUCUUCCAAAGCUUCCAAUUAAAAAAAAAAAGGUUCGCUUUUUUUGACACGGUAGAAAUGUUGACAGAUAAGUUAAUAAAAAAACUGUAUCAUGAAGGGAAAGAGAAGUUUAUCCCCAUACUUCUCUUAUUGAAUAAUACGGAGAUGUAUAAGAGGAAUAUAUCACAGGACUGCGGUUACUAUAACUUUUUAUAUUAGUGUUCUUGAUUUUUAUUCCAAAGAUUAACGCAGAGCUUCUUUCUUUUUCCUUACCUUCUUAAUUGCUUACUUUUUUUUCUAUUUUUUAUAGACCUUUAUGGAAAAGAUUUGUUUGGUGAGUAACGAUAACGAACGGUUUCUUUUUUUUUAUUCAUUCAUUCUUUCAUUUCUUUUUCUUAUUUUGGGUUCAAAAUAAAGGUUUUAUUCUGAUUUUUUGUUUUUGUCGUUUUUCGGAUUGAAAUAGAUACUUCUCAAGACACCCUGUCAGUUACAUUAAGGGGUGCACCUUUAAACUGAAGAGGAAGUCCUGGAAAUAGGGUUGGGGUGUGCUGCUUUGUAUCUAAAUUGAACUACUAAAAUAAUAUGUGACUUCCCCUGAUUCAAACCUGAACCACUGCUUUCAAGUAGGGAACGACAAAAUUAAAAGGUUCAAAAAAUCUGUAUACUGUCUUCAGUACAUGCAGAGUGUAGGUAUUUAACGUUAUUUAUGUUAUAAACAGCUUCAGAGGUUAAAACCUCAGCUGCACCCCUACACCCAAACGUGGGUCAAGAAACUCUAGCGGGAGCGUCAGCGUGGCAAACCCGCAGUGAAUAAAAAUUUUCCCACUUUUGGCGGCUUAGCGGCGUUUAUGUUCCUGUACAAUAUUUAACUUUUAAAGUCAUGGCUAAGCUGAUGCUAAAUGAAGAAAACGAUGAUUACAGCAUCUCUUUCGGUGUUUGCAGAAAGUUACCGAGAGUACUUCACAACUCCCUACUUUGUGUUCAUUCGAGAUACCCUCAGCUACCUGGCGCUGCUUGGUUUGCAUUUUGCUCUUUGUCUUGAGACCUCAAGCAUCCCGUUCAGCGGUUUAGAGUGGACGAUAAUGGUGUUCUUCUUGGGAAGGAUCUUGAUGGAGAGUCGACAGUUCUUAGGUGUCAAAGAACAUAAGAUGUGUGCGCCUGUGACUGCUAAGAAAUCUAGGGGGUCAAAGUGGGAAGAAAAGACUAAAGAGAAGAAUCGAACGGGAUUCACUCAAAUCUGCGGCGAUGAAGAGGAAGAAGAGAAGAAAGAAGAAGGGAAAAAUGAAAAAGAAGCGACGCCAACAAAAGUAGACAUUAUUCUACAUAGAUGCAACAAAUAUUUCACGUAGCAAACCCUACUUCUUCCAUUAACACAUACCCUGGUCCGACUUUCAAAUCUGAUCAGUACUGUCAAUGUUCGUGUUAGAUAUGGUGUGUUUGAGAAUGAAUAUUUUUUUCAAGAGUAAUUUACAAGUGUAGCUAUUGUUUUCAAACUCUAAAACAAUGGCUACAAUAGGUAUCUCUAUUCGGUAGUUGAAUUGUCUUUUAAUACUAAAAGAUAAGAUAAGAUAUUUAUCUUGAGAAUGAAAAACAGAUUGAAAACGAGGAAAAAGAGACCAAAAAAGAAAGAAUAACUGUCAACAAAUCCUUAUCUUAUAUUUUAAUCCUGUAGUGAUCGAUGGAACAUUUUGGACUUCAUCACCGUUUUGAACUACACGGUGACCUUUCAAUUAAGAGUAGUCACGUGGGCCUUGUCUGAAUCGACCACUGACAAUCGAGUUCUCGUAAUCGCUGGAUAUCCGUACGGUCUUAACACCAUGUUCCUCACUCUUCCAGUUUUUGGCCACGUGUUGGAAACCAUCAAGGGGAUUGGCGACAUUCAGAUCGCUUUGUUUCACAUUUUUGGCGACGUGGUGACCAUCUUCUGGCAGAUUACUUCAACUAUUUUAGCGUUUUCUAUCGCGAUCACAAAAGUGUUUAUGGCAGAAAGAUCAUUCAUUUCUAAACACAAUGACACCGAAUCGUGAGUACAACAUACAUUUAACAUAAAACACCCUCCAGCAAGACACUCCAUAGCCCCCGUAAAAAUGCAGGCAAAGUUCUUUUGGUUUGCAGAAAGCAGUUACUUGAUUAACAUCUUUGGUUGGGAAAUGAAGAAAGGGCUGGCGAAAGAGUUCCUUUUCCCAUCUUUUGUUUGCUAUUUUGUCGCGAAAUGUACGCUGUUUUUUCCGAGUAUAACCUUAAGUGUUCGCCGCUUCUUCUCCCACAGUGGGAAACGAGUUUUCAGAUAAUGACUUAACUAUACGUUAGACACUUUAUGAAAAUCAAUUUUCAAAAUAGAACUGUCAGCCAUCUCAGCAAUUGUUGAAGGGCUGUUUCCCCUAUUAAUUGAACUUGAAGAACUUUCUUUUUUAGAGAUCCUAAUAUUGUGUAGAAACCAGCUUUAACAGUUUAUAAUUUCCAAUUUUAGUAUUCUACGUGUUUCAUCAGGUUUCUUACAUCGCUAUAUUAUAAAUUCAGGGUUCGUACACUUCUUCCCAUAUAAAAUUCAAGGACUUUUCAAGGUCUUUGAGGUACCACAAUUUUAAAUUUCGAAGACCUAAUUUAUUACUUUUAACUCACUUUCCAAAUAAACUAUGAAUAUACUUCGAUAAUAAUGGAUGGGCUUUUGUUCUCCAAAAGGUAACCAUUUGUAUGAAAAUUCAUUGUGAGUCAAUACCUUACUUUCAUUUCCUCAACGCCGAAUUUUCUCUGUUUGCUUUAAACUGGUAUUUCCCAAAGUUUUUUGGAGAAUGGAAAAUGGCCCUCAAUUAAAAUUCAAGAUUUUUUUAGGACCAAAACGAAUGAAGGAGAAUUUCAACGACUUUCAAGGCCCAAAAAUUCAAGAGUUCUCGAGACACUCACGAACCCUGUCUCUUCUGGAAUGCGAAUCAAAGUUUCAUAGAUCGAACUAACGAGACUACUUGUGUUGACGGUCAAAUACAGUAAGACUUACAGCAGGAAAUAACUGCCGAAUUUUAAUACAGCUAUGUUGUCUCCGCAUACAUUUAAAUUGAAUGGUUACACUUGAUCUUCCCCUUUUGUUCGGUACGUUUUAAGGAGAGAAAACAAAAGAUUGGUAAACUAUAGAUGUAUCAUCACCUUGUUUUUGUUUUACUAUAGUGCCUGCAAAAUGUCCAGUGGGUUAGUGUGGUAAGUAAGUUUUUGAUUCUCCGUCACCGGUAUAUAACAGCACAUGUCAAAAAAGCUAUUUUAUAGUUAUUAUGUUUCACUUACUUUUUCUUUUUAUUGUCAUGGGCGUCUGAUUGAAAUAACCUGGUAAAAGCGUAUGAACUCAUUUUUCUUGGCUUUAAGUUUUUUCAGAAAAAAAUAAGCCACCACCUGGUUCUUCUUAAUUUCUAGCGAUUUAUGGACAUUGAAAUUAUCGUAGAAAGAUCAGAUCGAUUUAGGUUUCUCGGGAAACUGACCACCUACCCCUCCCCUAAGCCAACAUUUUUCCCUAAGUGAAAAGUACGUGCUAAUGUUAGCUUAGGGGAGGCGGGUUAGUUGGGAAGUUUCCCAGAAAACUAAAUUGAUCCGAAAGAUCUCCCUUUACUCAUUUCUCACAAGCUUCUUGGGCCAUCACGAUGCCUUUGUAUAGGGCUGCAAAUUCAAGACCGCGGUGUCGAAAUUCUGGAGCUGUAUGACUGAAUUCACAUAGGAAAAAAAGGUACAAUGAUGGCACCGAACGCGACAGCUUGUAACUCGGCUCCAAAAGUUAACAUUUUGUAAAAUAUUUUUUCGUUAUCAUCCAUCAGUUGGUGGAGCGUGGUGAAGCAUCUUUCUUGGUCUUUUCUUGGAAUAGUGACGCUGGACCGUUUAGAAUCAGUGGAUAGUGCAUCAGCCACUAUCGCGCACUUCCUCUUUGCAGCCUUUCUUAUCAUGGGAGUCAUUCUUCUCGUUAAUAUGAUGAUAGCCCUACUGUCUAACACUUACCAACGAGUGAAGGUAAGGUCGACCGAAGAUCAUCUUUUGAAAUCUUUGAGACAUUUUCUCACACAUUUGUCUUCGAAAGAAGAAUAUUUGUAGUGCACGCAGCAAAAUAGAAAAUGUCGGGCACAUGGUAUCAGCUUGAGACGGAGACAGAUAUUAUGGGCAGUCGUGCCACUAAUUAUCGGAAGCCAGCGUGGCUGAGUCGUUACCAGAGUCACCAGGUCCGAAAGAUACCCUUUCACUAAUCUUUCCGAGUAAAAGGAGUUCUACAGUCCUCGUUUAACUCAGCGUCUCGAUUUCAACUCCUCCUCUAACCAAGAUUAGACUACGAGCAGUCUCUUUUUCUUCAGAUUUAGCAAGAGGAGUGCUCACGCGAGAAACGAGGGCGAGCCCGAGAAGAAAAAAGAGCGAAUGCUUCCAUAGCCAGCGCACAUGAAUUAUACGUUGCCCUCACUUUUUUCGCGCCUCUCCCGUUUCGUGCCUUCCACAACGCGUGUGAUCAUUUUCGUGUCUCGCGCGUUUCAGUAGACGGACUAAGAAAAAAGAGAGACUGCUAAAGAUGGGAUAUGCGUUCUAUUAUGUCCUAAUUCAGCUAAUUGGAUUGUCUCCAUGAUUAUUUGUGCGCAGUAUUUAUAAACUAGCUGGAGUAGCUAAAUGUACGUAUAUAAUCAAAGUAUUUACCUUUUUAUACCGUUUGCAUUUGCUUUAAGAGUAAAUCAUUUUUUUGUUAUUUGGCGUAAAUUGAAGUUUUAUAUCCUUCUUUGAAUGAAUAUACAGACACUUUUGUAGGAUGAAUGUAGGAUGACCGCUUGUUCUUAGCUUGCUCUGCUACGUUGCGGGAUUCGCUUGUGGUGAAAUCUACCGUAAUGUGUUAAAAAUCUGAUUAUACUUUGAAGUUCAAGAUUUCUUUAAGAUAGCAGCUAAUUAAGAUAAUCUUUUUCUCUCGUUUUUUAAGGAUAACUCCAUGAAAGAAUGGUCGUUCAAGAAAGCCAUUACCAUUCAGACAUACAGGGCAUAUCAUCCAAUACCUGUGCCCCUUAACCUUAUAUCUAAUUCAUUUCUGUGGAUAAAACGGUUGUACCUUCUCUGUUCGAGGCGCUGCUGCGACGGACAACAGGAUAAUAACAGUUUCAGUAGUCGAGUGAGUAACUUUUAACUAAGAGUGUACCGUCCAUUUAUACAAACUACUCGGGUAAAAAUUUUGUGCAUGUACAUUAAACUACAAAAUUUGACGUGGUGGUAGAACGACCCGUUACGAAGUCUAUCCAAAUCAGCUGAACAGAGUCCGAACAAAUUGGUAAAAUUACAUCGUCCCAAACUACAGUCCAUUAUUAUCUGGAGCUUCCCAAACUGAAUGGCCGAACCAUUUAACAUUCCGGAAUUUCAGGUUACCCCAUGUAAAUGGCAGUACCCUAGGACACCAUAGAAGGAAUGCGUUAGAUCAACGGGGUUGCUAAAACACCUUUAUUGCCUAAUAGACCAAAAAAUGAUUUUCAAUCAGAACUAGCUAACCCUAAAUUCUGCCUGUAAAAUGUUAUUUUGUAUCCUUUAGGCGUUUUGAGGCUUUUGUAAAGCAGUUUGGCCUACUUACCUUGGCAGCUAGACUUGGUUAUUUAUUUAUUCAUUUUGGAUUCUCUAACUCCUAGCUUAUUCAUUUUUAGAAUUUCCUGAAGAAAAAAGGAAAGGCUUUGAAUGAAGUUGUGGAAAAACUACAAAAUGAGUACCUUUCCAGUUAUGGCUACUCAUUUCCUCUGACAGGUAAAAAAUGUUGUUUUAGUACGUAUGAUCCUCAACAGCUUCCCGCCAAAAGCUCAUGACUAAUGCUCAUCUUCGUUUAUUUAUUUUCACCAGUUCCGAGUCCGCUGCCAUUUACCCAAUAUUGAGUGAUCGAUAAUUAAGUUCAUUCGCUUUAUAUUCUAAUUACCUUUACUUUAUGCUUUGCAGUAUGCAGGUACUCUGUUUGCUCAAGCGCAACGUCUGCGGAAGUAAAUUAAGCACCUUUAUUUUUGUUCUUUGCUAUUAAGAUGAAAGAAAAAUGGACUUCGUUCUUCAAGAACUUGAGCGAAACAGGCAAAUGGUAAAUCAGAUUGCUUACAAAACAUUUGCAGCAAGUGGAAUAAAUGGUUCCAUUUUUCCCGCUGGUCCCGAGGUAUGCUUCCAUCUCAUAAUGGACAUGAAUUUUAUUAUGAUUUUUCGUUGUUAAAUUGGAUUGUUCUAAUUUCUUUUCUUACAAGAUUUUGUGAACCUCCACCGCACAAGUUUGCAGAAAAUUGUACAGGCAAUCAUACGACUUCAAGGUCAAUUUGAAAUUUGGAAUUAAUUUGCACGAGUAUGUUUUUCAAAAAGUAUGGUAAUUUGAAAACACACCAGAGCAAAUAAAUUCAGUCCAAAUUGAACAAGAAAAGUCGUAUGAUCACCCUUUAAGAAUAUAUAGAUUUAGCCAGGGCUAAAAGCGAAGCUGUGGUUAAUAAUACUUGUAAACAAAAGAAAUUAAAUCGUGUAGUGCUAAACGGGGGGGCAAUGGCAGAAUUUAUACUAGAGACGAGUUAUCCGUAGAGACGGAUUAUCCGUCAGACGGAUAAUUCGUCUAAGUAUAAAUUUGAAGACGAAUUUCGCUCCGUAAUUCGUCUUAGCACUGAAUUUAUACUAGAGACGGAUUAUCCGUCUGGGACGGAUAAUUUCUCUCUAGUAUAAAUUCGGCCGAUGAAAAUGGAGUCAAGAUCAAUAGAUCUAAUUAACAAAACAACAAAUUGCACAUGCAGCACGCUUUUUGUCUUUUUUGCCGUUGUUUUGCACAACUACAACGCUGUUUGGUAGGACUAAAGCUUCAAACUUCCUAAUUAUACAUUAUUUUUAUGGAGGAAUUGUGGUAUGUGCUUACCCAAUAUUUUGUCUUCUGUGUUCAUGUUCGCUUUUAUUUUUCACUGCCGCUCAUUUUCACCUUGCUGGCCGCUAGCUUUUCUCUUUGUCUCACAGCCGCUUUGAAUUUUCAUGUUUUUCUUCCUACAAAAUUCGUCUCUUUUGUUUUUAAUCACUCGCUCUAGCUCUUUUUCUGUUAUCCACGUGAGUGUGAACAUCAAAAAUAGGGUCGAAAAAGACAGGACUUUGAUAUUAUUUUCUCGUUCUAAAAGUCCGGGCGGCCAUGCGAUUUCUUUCCAAAUAAAACCUUGAGUUGCAUUUGGGUUGCCAUACCUGUUGAUUGAAUUAUUUUACAUUGGUAUGCCUGUGCUGCGGACGGACAGUCGGGAGGUCGGUCGGUGUACGGUCACGUGACUACCAAAUUUUCUCGGAUGGGUGGUUUACCACUUUUUUUACCAAUGGUGCUCCGCUGCGCGCGCUCCGCGCGCGAGAGCUCCGCUAAUAUGCGGUCAAUUAACUUAACCUUGUCCCAGAGCAGAUAAUGCCUGGUCUUAUUGGAAACAGCUGAAGUUUGAGUUCGCGAAAGCCGUAUAUCUCAAUUGUGCUCCUUGAUCCGUUCAUACAUCCACUUUCCCGUCUCGCCAAUGUAUACUUUACCGUGUUCACAAGGAAUCUUAUUCAAUACUCCAUCUUGUUUUCGUACAUCAACAGCAUCCUUAAGUCCUAGUAAGUGUGAUCUCAGUUAAUAGGGACCUUAAGCAUCGACAACGAAAUACAUGACGACGACGUUUGUAACCCAAGGAGGAUUGGGUCGAAGCUUUCGUUCUCGGCGGGAAAAACGAAAGUUAAGCAGUAUGUUGUUUUUAGGAGACGACGAUUUUUGGUUAUCUGACAAGUAGCUCUAGCUAUAUGGCUUUCAAAAACGUCCGAAGUCUACUUCUAAUUAAUCACAACGAUGGCUUUAUCAAUAAUGAUGAAUUUGUUGUUCUGUACGACCUCUAUGCAUCGAAAAACCUCGACUUUCCGUACGAUUCGUACGCACCUUUUGACCUGGAAGAGCUUGAUAAGUCUGAGAGUUUUGCAGAGUUUCGCUUUGGAAAACGAGAUAUACGAAUUCUGAAGGAAGUUUUGCUAAUCCCUGACACGAUAACCUGCAGUCAGCGCUCCGUUUGUGAUGGACUAGAAGGUCUGUGCAUGCUGCUAAAGCUGCUUUCUUACCCACGCAGAUAUGGAGACAUGGUCCAUAGAUUCGCUAAACCUGUUCCAGUUCUUAGCAUGAUCACCAAUCAAAUGAUUGACUUUGUGUAUAAUGUUCACGGGAAUAGAGUACUAAACUGGAAUCACGAGGUCCUUAGUCCUGUCAACCUGCAGACUUAUGUUGAUGCUGUGACAGCCAGGGGAGCCCCACUGCCCAAUUAUUUUGGGUUUAUUGACGGUACCGUUAGGCCUAUAUCAAGACCUGGAGAACAUCAGCGACUUCUUUACAACGGGCAUAAAAGGGUUCAUGCCCUGAAAUUUCCAUUGCUUUGCCAAAUGGCUUGAUCGGAAAUCUAUAUGGCCCAGUUGGUAAGUUACAAAACAGUACAGGCCACCAGCUUUAAAGCAGGGAUGUGACCAAAUGUUUAUUUCUGUAGACCUUGCACUUAUUUUAAAAAAGGAAAAAAAAUGAAAAAUUAAAGGCACAUUUUUCAAGGCUAUACGACAGGCUAAAUUUAUUGAUUUUCUUAUUCAAUAAUGAUUACCAAGGUGAGAUCACCUCAACAGUUUAUUGGGAGCAUAGCCAGAGGGAAGAGGGGACUGUCCCCCUUCCCCCCUUAAAAUAAAUAUAAACUCAAGAUGAAAUUAGGAAAAAGUUUCUGAAGUACGCAUAUAAUCAACAGCUUAUGCAACCCAAUUGUCCGCAACCUUUACUCUUACACUGAUACCUACCAUCACCUACCUAUUUUUAGAAGGAAGAAAACAUGAUGCAGGAAUGCUUGCCGAUUCACAGCUACUACACGACCUUCAUCGGUUUGCCUACAAUCCAGCUGGCUAGGCAGUCUGUGUGCAGAGAUGAGUGCUGUUAGAAGUUCUGUUGAAUGGCUGUUCGGAGAUGUAAUCAACUCGUUUAAGUUUAAUGACUUUAAAAAAGAUCUGAAGCUUUUCCUCAGCAGUUUUGGAAAGAUCUAUGUUGUUUCUGUCAUACUGCGUAAUGCAAAGACAUGCUUGUAUGGUAACAUGACCUCAGAAUUUUUUUACCUUAGGCCACCUACUCCUGACACAUACUUUGGCUAGGAAACCACACUAUUGCUCAGUUUACAAUGCCUUUGAUAAAAUAUGUAUCAAAACCUUAUAACUGCAGUUAAACAUGGUAGAUAUUUGUAUGCUGAUAAUUUAAGACUAUUUCUCACACCAUUGAACUUUUUAAAGAGAAAAUGAAUAAUAAUAAAAUUAAGCACAAUUUUAUUUCUAAACGUUUUCUAUUUUUCGAGAAAUGUUAUUGUAACUAUUGAUUUAUUUCCCAACUUUAUUUUCCAUUUUUCAGAAAACUGUGGUUAAUUAACUUAAAUUAAUUUUAUAAAUAAAAAAUAAAAGAGAUUUAUCAAAAAAAAUUAAGCACAACGUUGCAGGGUCAGGCUAUUUUUUUGGAAUUCCUUUAUCAAACAUUUUACAAAUAUGGGAGCCCAAGGGCCUGUAUAUUGGAGGUUGGGCUGGCACUAACCCAGGAUGUUUACCGUGGCGACUUAAUGAAUUUUUACAUAGUCAACCCUGGGUGAAAGCUACCCCAAUCUAACAUGACUGAAUGAAGAGACCCAUGCUUCUUUUACAAAUUUUGCCUUGAUGAUGCAUAUGCUCGAAAUUGGCUCAAUUUCUAGAGUGGACUCACUAAAUGUAAGAAAUACUAUGAGCUAAUUACAUAAAAGCUCAGCUAAUCAAACAAUAGAAAAAAAAUAGACCCAGCUAUAAAUACUAUUCUUAAGAUUUAUUUUGUGCAUUUAGUGACUGUACAUUAGGGGAAAGUUUGGGCAUUUAGGCCCCUUUGUACAGAAAAACAUCUGUCUAUUAGCAAAAACAAUGUUUUAUUUCUUCUAGAAACUUUACAAAACUCUCUAUAGAAAAGAAAUAUAAUUACAUCCAUCAACAAUGCUCUUGAAGAUAACUAAAGUCAUAACAAAAGUCAACUCAACAAGUUCAGGGCUCUUCCACAUUCAUAAGGUUCGAGCUUAAUGCUUUUUUAUAUUUUCCAUCACUGCCAUAAAUACCUUGUUUUGCUGGUCAAGCAUAAUUUGAAGGUUUUGCUGUUGAAGCUGCUGCUGUUGCUGCAUCGUGUUGAUCAGCGCUGAGAACAUGGUCUGUUGCUGCUGCGCAGCCUCCUCUUGUUUGGUUUCUGCUAGAUCAAGCUCUCUUUUUCUGAUGGCAAACUCUUCCUUUUUCAAUUCUCUCUCUUUCUCUGACUUCUCGGCCAAAAAUCCGAUUGCAUCAGAGGUGCUCCUCCUCAAUUUAGCUUUUUUUGGUUUCUCGCCACUAUCAUCGCUCUUUCUAAUUGCAAUUGUCUGAAGAGCCGCCUGUCUGAUUUCCUCUGCUUUAGCUUUUUCUUUCUCAUCUUUUGCCUUCCUCUCGUUUCUCAAGGCGUCACUCUUUUCUUCUGCGCUUUUCUCUCGCUCGCGAAUUUCCUCCAGCAAGGCAUCAAGCUCUGUGAGCUCGGGGACAUCUAUCCCAGAGGCUUUCUCUUCUUCUCUUUGCUUUAGUUUGCGCCGGGAGAUCAGGAGUCCAUAUCGAUCUCUCGCUACCCUUGCUGCAACCCUGAAUUCUGGAGUCUUCAGAGAAUUCAAAUAGGCUGCGAUGCUUUCCCAUACUUUCCCUCUCUCGGUGCUUUUCGGUUUAAAAUUGUAAGGUUCGCUCGUUACAGCUUCGCAAAGCAUCAAGACAUCAUGGUCUUCCGUCCAAACAAAAUACCUGCACUUACUCGCUGUCAAAAGAACACGAAAAUAUAUAUUUUUAAAGCAAAACUGAAGUUUUAUUAUCUUGAAGUGCAACUUCAAAUUAGCACAAUGACAUGCAGGUCUAAAAUAAGAAGAACAUGACUUCAAAUAUCCCAAAAUUCUCCUUAAAGAAAUCAGUACAGAAAAACUUACAUUUCUUUUGAACGAGUUCUUGCUCGGCUGUAGAAAUGUGGCCUGCCAUGGUUUCGGAUGCUUCUGAAAGAAAGUCAUUUUAGUCUGUUAAAAAAUAAACUGUUAAAAACUGUCCGCAAAUAAUACAUCAAACAGUCAUUUUGAAACAGAUGAUUAUCAGCAUGAAAAAGUUUAGUUGUUUCUUACGUUUUCAUCAGAGCGAAAAAUCAAUUCAGUCGUCGAAAGGCUGGACGACGUUUUCUAAUUAUAACGGGAAAAUUGGAAUCAGAUCGAUUUCGUCGUAUCAUGUCGGACUUGAAAACGGAUCGUAUGCCGUGCUGUUGUAGGCAACGACGAAGUCGUUCAGUUAAUCUUUUGAUGUAUGGCAGACCCGCUGUAGAAUUAAUUUCGGCUGUGGGUUCUUUUAAUUAUUAGAUGCCUUUGUCCAUUCGCAAACUUCAAGGUGUCUGGCAGCAGAUUGCGGCACCUGAUUGGUCCUUAUAUUAUUUUUUAGCCAAUCACAGUGUUCCUUUCUCUGAGAUAUUUGCAUUUUAUUUCAUUUUUUCAGUGCAUUAUGUUUCUUCGUUUUGCACUGUUUUUACUAAACACUGCAUAUUUGAACUCUGCCAAUUCACAUUGAAGAAAUCUUUCAAUAUACAUUAUUAAGUAUGGAAUAAUAUUACGUAAAUAAUGUAGUUUUGGGUUGACCGACUUUAAUAAAUAAACGCGCUUCUUCCAGGCCUGGCAAAAAGAGGGAAUCAGAAUCCAAGGAUGUCUUUUAAUUAGUGAAGGAAGCAAACUUUGCGGCAUAUGCAAAGAUAUAAACUAUCCAGCUGAAUAUCACGGUGCAAGAUACAAGUUCCCUUUUUCUCCAGAUUCGCCCCAUUUUGAGGUACGUCGUAUUUAAGUAAGCCAGGAAAAGUGUUUUUCAAAAGAGUGGAUACAAUUUUUAACAAAAAUUUCAGCUGAAAUAUAGAUUCUGAUCGUUUAAAUGUAAUUUCAAGUCAGAUAUGAUGUGGCUGUGAAUCUACCACCCAGAAAGCAUUAGCAUUUUUUUCUAUCAGUUAUUACUUACAUCUUUUUAUCUAGGUUCUUAUUCAGGAAACUGGAAAAAGACGGCUUUUAGGAUUGGGUGUUGUUGGUGAAUAUUAUGGAAAUCAUGCCCUGCCGGGUUGGCUAAAAGGAUCCGUGGGAUAUCACAUUGAUGAGGGAAAAAUAUUUGACGCAAACAACCCUACAAAGGGAAGAGAGUAUGAAGGUAAGGAAAAAGAGCUGAAGAAAAUUAACUUGGAGGAUAACUAAUCCUUUCAGUUUUCGAGUUAGUUUUAGAGACUUAAGGGAAUUUCUACGUAAAAACUUCUAUUGUAUGACAAGACCAAUGACAUUUCUUCCUUCCAUAUGUUAUAAAUUUUCCAAAUGAGAUUUGAAAAGGAGAACGAUUUAAUAAUCACCAUCUCACAAGAGUGAGGUUGCGAAAAAAUCACGAGUCCCACGGACAAGAUUUUACCUCAUGCACCAAUUGAUACUACAUGUGAGAUUGAACACGUGACCAGCACACCGCAUGAGCAACUGGCAAACCGUACUCGGUACUCGGUUAUUUUGAGAAGGGAAAAUCAACUUAUCCAAGCACCGCGCACACGUACGAAACGACUCCUUCCAUCACCUGUCCUGUAACAGAAGAAAAAAACUUGCAAUUCUUUAAUUCCCGGCCUCGAAAGGUCGGCUUCGGAGGCGAGAACGAGAUCAAGAGGCAAGAGGGCUAAGACGAAUCAGGAUGGCGCUUCCGCUGCAACAGACAGAAGCCGAACGAACAGUCACGCGUAAAGUCAAAGACUUCACAGAAUCACUAAACCCAACCUGGAAAGACACACUUCGACAAUGGGCUCUGCUGUAAAUCAAAUCGGUUCAAAUACCGAGGAAUUAAUGGAAAAAUUUCUAGGAAUGAUACAAACAGUCGCUCAAAAAAAAGCGUCCGAGUGGGCAGUCAAAAUUGAAUGCAACGCUGGAAUCUUUGGGAGAAAACUCACUAAACGAAAUAUUGCUAACGGGAGAACCGUUCAUCACCUUCUUUAGAUGGUGAUUUUUGUCACAGAGUUGAUGAACUUGUAAUUAAAAGACCUCACAAUGAGGGUCACACUCAAGCAAGCUACAGACAUUCUCAUGUCCUCAUGGAAACAUCCGUACAACAACAACCUGGUCCCUUCAUCAAACAAUGGUUGGACUUUCUAGUAAAAGGAACAGGGAUCACAGCUCGCCCACUUUGGAACUGUAAUUGAUUUCUUAACGUCUCUGUUUACCAAAGGUCUGGGUUAAAGUUGCAUUAAUACAGCCAGGUCUGCAUUAUCGUGCAUUAUGUAUACAGACGCAAUAUUUUGUAAUUGUUCGAUUCAUCAAGAUGUGUUUGAGAAUCGCCCUGCUCUUCCAAGGAACAAAAUUGUGUGGGACAUUGUCACCUGUUGAUCGAUUGUCCCUUAAAAACCUUUCACUCAAAACUGUCACACUGUGGUUCUAAUUUAUGCCCAACGUUUGCAGACUAUACAUAAACCAAACCAGAAAGACAUCAAGCAGCAUUGGAGUUUACUGCUUAGCCAGAGGAACCUGAUUUUAGCAUAGUUUCCACUAUUGCUGCUUAUAUUAAGAGGACUCGGGGGAACUCAGGCGAAAUCAAACUGCCCUGUUUAUCGGCUUUACUAAACCACACAUAGUGGUGAGUAAGUCUACUAUUGCACCAUAGGAUAAGAUCACCUUACAACUGAAAUAUAGGUGUUGAUAUGGCCAUGUUCACACCGCACAGUACCCAAGCUGCAUCCACAAGCAAAGUUGAUACUUCAGUCUUUUUAGAUGACCAAGUUCUACCCACCUAUAUGGCAUCACCAACAUACAUCUAAAUCUGUUCCUUCCGCCUCGUUUAAAAUAUGCAGUUUGCAGGUCACGUGCUCAAUCUCACGUAAUCCCUACGUAUCUCUAUUGGAUCGAUACACUUACAAUCAAUCUUUAACUUAAGGUAAGUCUGGUUUAAUUUUUAAUUAGCAUUAGUUUUAGCUAUGGCCAACCAAAGACGAGCGGGUUCUAUCCACUAAAGAGCAAGGAAAUUAAACAGGUUUAUUCCUUGACUCGCAUUCAACUACUGUCGAAAGCGUACUAUACUAAAAGGUAAACUGGAAAGCAGCAACAACAUGCAACAAGGUAACGGACGGACGCAAUAUGUAACUUCCCAGAGUGUUGAGAGUUGUUGGCCAACAAUGUUAAGUCCGUUUGCACGAGGCUUAGCAUUACAAAUACCGAGGUCUAAUUAGCCAAAGCUUUAAGGCGCUACAUAUAAUUCAUUUAGGUCUCCUCGCCAUUGUCAGGCCGCAGUGUUUGGCCAAGUAAUUAAACUUAUUUUCCAAAUUUUCUUUGCAGGCGCCAUGGCCUACAGAGGGGACUUGAUUGGCUGCACAGUCAAGUUUGACUUGGCAAAAGAUGGGAAAGUUCCAAUCGUGUUUUAUUUAAACGGAAGGCCGAUCACUGAGCAUGAGAAUGAGAUAUUACUGGAGUACACUCACAAUGGGAAAUUGUAUCCCUACAUUGGUAUGGGACACACAGGAUUAAGAGUGCUGGCAAAGGUUAACGAAUUUAUUUUCAUUUUAUCUUUCUGUAAAGGAACCAUGUUUGCCUGUGUGCAUCGCAUCUGCGCGGAUUUAACAAGGGAGUUUUGGCUUUUUGUACCCCAACGACUUUCCGCUUUGCUGGCAAAGCCUUAACCUCCCAAGUUACAUGCUCUUUUCUCUUCAAUUUUUUCAAAGUGAUUAGAGUUCGUUCAAGAUGCUCCUACCACAACAGAUAUCACCACGACUUUGUUUAUUGCCUCUUUUCAGAUAUUAGUCAGUUUUCUCGCUUUCCUUUGCCAAUACCCUGCUAUAACCCACCGGGUGUUUCCACAUCAAUAAUGACGAUAAUCUUACACCCUAUGCCAGUUCUCUGUUCUUCUACUAUGUCUGGUCUUCUGACCCUCGUGCAGAUUUUUGCCCUCACCUUUGCUGGGUAGGGCCUCGUUUUAGGGGCUGUAAUUGAUAUUGAAUUGAAACGAUGAAAACCUUCUAUGUGGCCGCCAAAGUUUGUUGAUUGUACAAACGCCAUUUCAGAAAACGGAGCAAGCAUCAAACAAUCCUGUUUCUUGCUGUGGUAUAUUUUUGGGGAAGGGCAGGAUUAAUACGAUUAUUGUUAACAUCAUCAUCAUUAUCAUCAUCAUCAUCAUCAUCAUCAUCAUCAUCAUCACCACCACCACCGCUAUGAUCAUCAUCAUCAUCAUCAUGGGUUUCAGAGUGGUGUUCAGUUAGAACCCUUCUUAAAGUAAGCACUUUUCCAAGAAGUGCUCAGUCUUCAGAUGUCCGGCAGGUUGACAUCUGCAAUGUCACUGAAUCAGAAGCCUUUCCUAAUGACGCCUAAUGCGCCUAUGACCACAUAGAUUCCUUUCGUUUUCAUUUACACUACUCGUGCCAUUCCUGUUUCCAGGUCUUUGUAUUUGGAAAGUUUUUUAAAACACCUUGAUGGAAGUCUUUCACCCACCGUUAUGGGAAUACACUUUUUCUCAUGUCUGUUCUGGACUAGGCUAAACAGGUCCUUCAUCACAUACCUCUUCGCUUAUCUGCAUGAAUGGGCAAAUCAUAAAGGGUGAUAUAAUUAGAACAUAUGUUGCGGCCUUGGGUCCAGUGGUCUUUAGCCACUGGUUUGUUAUCUUCAUCAUCACUUCAUUUUACAUCGCUGAGAAUACUUUCCAGGCGAGGCAACUUCCCAUCAGGUUUCAGAUAUUUCUCUGGUUCUGACCUUCAGCAGCGUGUCUUGAUUUUCUUUCCAUAUAAUAAUGAACCCUACAACGUUUAGAUGAACGUUGAGCAUGAAGGUUUAACUAGCAUUUGAAUUUAGCAUUUUUGGGGGAAAGAGAAGAGUUUUUUCCGUUCUUAUGUUGUUGCAAUAUUAAUUUGUACGGAAUAAUGAAUUCUCACUAUUUAUUGUAUUUUAAAGUUUGUUUAUAAUGCCACUGGAACGCCAUACGGGGAAGGUAGAUAAUAGCAUUGACAAUCAAUAAUUAAAGACGGUUAUGUUUGUUUUCAUUUAGAUGACUUCCCGUCACGAAGUGGAUAAAAUCGUGAGGAUCCCUCAAUUUAAGGAUAGCGAUCGACAUCAGAGUGAAGAGCGUGAUUCGAUAUUAGACACCUUGGAAGGAAUCGAAAGCAAGUUUUACUUGUCCUGUCAGCGAAUGAAUGAUGCUUUUCGACUUUUAAGCAGAGAAAUACAUAAGGGUACCGAAACCGAAGAAGUCAUCGAAGUC